AUGGACGUUUCCAUCAUGGCUGUGGUCUUCCUGAUCGUUUCCUGCUGCCUCUGGGAUCCAGAGGCCCGAGAUCAUGACUCCAUUAUCGCAGUGCAAAAUGGAGCGCCAUGGGGUCUUUGGGGGAAAAAAGAAUAUUGUGCCCUUGGUUUUGCUACUGGUUUUGCACUGAAGGUAGAGCCAUAUCAAGGAGGUGGAACAAAAGGCGACGAUACGUCCCUAAAUGGCAUCCGACUGUUCUGCAGUGAUGAUUCAUAUAUUUCAUCCGCUGUUGGGGGAUGGGGUGCUUGGUCUGAGGUUCGGCAUUGCCCUGUAGCUUCCAGGCUUGUGGCCUUCUCUUUGAGAGUGGAGGUCCCUCAAGGGCUGGGGGAUGACACUGGGGCCAACAACAUCAAGUUCCUGUGCAGCGAUGACUCUGUGCUAACAGGCAACUCACAUGAAUGGGGCACUUUUAGCUCAUGGAGCCCUCACUGCCACACUGGCUCCUACAUAUGCGGGCUCCAGACAAAGGUGGAGUUUCCACAAGGGCCUGAGGAUGACACCGCACUUAAUGACGUGAAGUUCUUCUGCUGUAAAGACAUUUUUCAUAAGAUAACGUAA